AUGCUGCCGACUCCAAAUCGACUUCCCAGGUUCCUUUAUAAGCACUGUGUAAUCCGGACUGACGGAAGCGUGCCUCUAGCUGCGAUGAGCGAUGUCGCUGCUAUCGAGAAACGUGACUCCUACUCUGAUAUCGAAAAGAAAGGACCCGGCUCAGUCGCACACGAGAAUGAGCAUGAACCAGACGGCAUUCACGACGGCCUCAUUUUUCCGACCGAAGAGGAGCGAGCGACACUCAGACGAGUGCCUGACCAUAUUCCAUGGAAUGCAUACUUAAUCGCUAUCGUGGAGCUGGCGGAGCGGUUUUCUUUCUACGGAUCCAGCGUCGUCUUCACCAACUUCAUCCAGCAAGACCUGCCCAAAAAUAGUCGAACUGGAGCUGGCGGGGCCCAUGACACGUCUGGAGCCCUCGGUAUGGGCCAGCGAGCGUCAACUGGGUUGACAACUUUCUAUCAAUUCUGGUGCUAUGUGACCCCGCUCCUGGGUGCAUACAUCGCGGAUACCUACUGGGGUCGCUACAAGACGGUCUGCGUCGCGGUCGUCAUUGCGUUGAUAGGACACAUCAUCUUGAUUGUCGCUGGGCUGCCUGGAGUCAUUGAUCAUCAACAUGGAGCAGUCGCUGCUUUCAUCAUCGCAUUGCUGGUUAUGGGUUUUGGUACCGGAUUAUUCAAGGCCAAUAUUUCACCUUUGGUGGCCGAACAAUACAAACGCACCAAACUCUUCAUUCGUACUGAAUCAAACGGCGAGAGGGUCAUUGUUGAUCCGGCUCUCACCAUCUCGAGAGUCUACAUGUAUUUCUACCUAUUCAUCAACAUUGGCGCACUAGUCGGUCAAAUUGGAAUGACCUACUCUGAGCGUUAUGUCGGUUUCUGGCUUGCAUACACGCUACCCACGGUUGUCUUUCUGCUUUGCCCCAUCGUUCUUUAUAUUGGACGAAACCGCUACGCACAUUCUCCGCCAACGGGCUCUGUUCUUGGCACAGCACUGCGCCUCUGGCGCUAUGCGGCUCGUGGCCGCUGGAGCCUCAACCCGAUCGCUACCAUUCGCAACCUUCGUGCGCCAGACUUUUGGGAGAACGCUAAACCUAGUGUUGUUGAGAAGCGCGAAGGAGAAAAGCCCUCGUGGAUGACCUUCGAUGAUCAAUGGGUUGAUGAAGUCAAACGUGGUCUAUCGGCCUGUGCUGUGUUUUGCUGGUUCCCCAUUUACUGGCUCACAUAUAAUCAAUUAAACAACAACUUGACCUCGCAAGCCGCCACGAUGGUCGUCGGUUCUGUGCCGAACGAUGUGCUGUCAAACUUGGAUCCCUUCGCCCUUAUCAUCUUGAUUCCAGUCUGCGAUCGCAUUAUCUACCCAGCCCUUCGUCGUUGGGGCAUCAAUUUCACUCAACUAAAGAAAAUCACCGCUGGAUUCGUUACUGGAUCGGCGGCCAUGAUUUGGGCAUGUGUCGUGCAAGCCUAUAUCUACAAGAGGAACCCAUGCGGUAAACAAGCUUCCACCUGUGCUGACCCAGUCACCGGAGACAACAUUCCUGCUCCACUAAACGUGUGGAUUCAAACUGGCUCCUAUGUUCUCAUCGCCUUAUCGGAGAUAUUUGCCUCAAUCACUGGUUUAGAAUAUGCAUUCACCAAGGCGCCCAAGAACAUGCGCUCGCUGGUCAUGAGUGUCUUCUUGUUCAUGAGUGCCCUCGCUUCAGCUAUCGGGGAGGCCUUCGUUUCACUAUCUGCCGAUCCGCUCUUGGUGUGGAACUAUGGUGUCAUGGCAGUUUUGGCUGCUGUCACUGCCGUCGCUCUAUGGUUCUCUGUUCGCAAUCUCGAUGCAAAGGAGGAUGAACUGAAUAACCUUGCCGAGGGCCAUGUAGAUGCAAAACAUUAA